GCUCAACGUGGCGUGCAUUGCCAGCACAGCAGGCAGUGCAUCAGGGAGGCUGAAUCGUUGGAGAAAUGCUCAACUGGUAUCCAUACACUCCGACUGCCUCCCUGGACGGAGGACUUUUCUUAAUACUCUCGGUCGUCCAGUACGCACCGUCCCAAGGGCCAACCAUUCUACCAUUCUGAUAAGAAUCCCAUGAUGGAUCCGCUUGAGGCUCUUGGACUGGCCGGCAACGUCGUGCAGUUUGUUCAGUUCACCUCAAACUUGGUCCACAACGCUGUCGCCAUCCACAGAUAUUCUGCAGGUUGCACCACCGACAUUCUGACAUUAGACACUCUUUACGGACAGCUCAAUGACAUCAACACCAGGCUCAAGUCGAGCUACGACAAUGCCAGUGGCUAUCUCAACGGCCAGGGCUGGGACUAUACCAGAGACGUCACUUCAUUCCGUAAACUAUCGCUUCUGUGCAAGUCGGAUUGCGAGAAGCUCUUGAAGCUUGUGGGCGAGCUCAAAAUUCAAGACGGACCCCAAGCCCGCUGGAAGAGUUUCCGUGCUGCGUUGAAGAUGGAGUGGGAAAAGGAAAACAUCGAGGGCUUGGAACAGCGACUGCACAAACCCCAGACAACGAUGACGCUUCACAUUUGCAACAUCACGAGGUUGCAGUGCCAUCAGUCAGCUAAGCUUGACCAGAUGAUCGCUAUGCUAAGCUGUUUGAGCCAGCGUGUCGAACAAGUCAAACGUCAAAACUCACUGCCCUCGAUUGGUGAGAUAAACUCCCUUGAGCAGCAGCUCUCAAGCUUGUCUCUUUCGCACGAGGCUGUAGCAGAGGAGCAGGCCGUCCUGCAGAGCCUGAGCUUCGAGAGCCGUCCAGUCCGGCACACCUCGAUUCCGAAUGCUCAUCAGAAAACCUUCGGAUGGGUUUACAAAUUGGGAGAGGACGUCCCAGACUCAGCGAAAUACAUCACCAAAUGGCUAAGGAGUGAUGAUGGGCUAUUCUGGGUUUCAGGCAAACCAGGAUCCGGCAAGUUAACUUUCAUGAAGUUCAUCGCCGAUGAGCCAAAGACUCUAAAUCUUUUGUCUAAAUGGCACUGCAAUACAAAAGUCUCAACAGGGCCUCCUCCGUAUAUUGAUCUACGAUAUCCUUCGGCAAUGUUCCAAGUUAAUCACACCGGUUUGCGGAAACAGGCAUCCACCAUUGGACAAAGACACCGUGGGUGGCCUUUGCCGUGGACUUUGCCUGAACUUCAUGCCACUCUUCGAAAAAUUGCGACUCAGGACAUGGCUUCCGUCCGGUUCUGCUACUUCAUUGACGGCUUGGAUGAAUACGAUGGCAACCAUUACGAGCUAUGUCAGGUCCUCAAAGAUCUCGCCAAGUCUCCAAAUAUCAAAGUCUGUCUCUCGAGCCGACCCUGGAACGUUUUCGAAGAAGCAUUUGGUAGUGACGACCCUCACAACAAGCUCUACAUCCAAGACCUUACACGAAACGACAUUCAGGAGUACAUCCGAUGCCAUCUUUAUGAACACCCAAGAUGGCCAUCGCUUGCUAAAACAGCGUCUCAGGGUGACUGGCUAAUAGAGGAAAUUGAGAAACGCGCUUCUGGAGUCUUCCUCUGGGUCUUCCUUGUAAUCAGGUUACUUCGACAAGGCCUCACCAACCGGGAUAGCUUCUCAGAUAUCCGCCGGCGCUUGGAGAGCUUCCCAAUAGAGCUUGAAGUCUUUUUCCGACAAAUAUUAGAGUCGGUCGAACCUUUCUAUCAUAACAAGAUGUCGACUACUCUACAGAUGACCAUCGCGGCCGAGGAGCCUCUGCAUGCUAUGGCCUACGACUUCCAUGAUCAGUGCUACGAUGACGAGGACUUUGUCUUCCAUCUUCCAAUCUAG